GAAAAAGAAAAAGAAAAGAAAUAUUUACAGAGAGCGAACACAGAGGAGAUAGAGACAAACCUCAGAUCCUUGAUCACCAACCGCCAUAUCCGACUCUUCUUUGUUUACAGUAUUUUUUCUUUCAUUUUCUUUUGCAAUUCCUUCAAAUUUUGUUGGAAUAUUCCACCACUUUCUCUCUCUAAACCCAAAGCUUUUUUGUUCAUUUUGUUUUCUCUCUUUCUCUCUCUCUCCUCUCAAUUUUCUCGUCUGGUUCUUUGUUCUUUCGGCCAUGGGAGCUUGAAUUGAUUGAAAGCUAAGUAAAUCUUUAUUAUCAAGUGUGAACGUGACGGCAACAACGGCCUCACCGAGGAGAAAGUGUUGUGUUCCCUUCAAGGCCAAUCAAAAAUCCAUUUCCAUUUGGUUCCGGAAUUUACACUCUCUGCCAUAACACAAUCAUGGCGUUCUGCAAUUGCUCGUCGUCUGCGGGAAUUUGGUGAUCUGCGGGGGGCCAAUUAGCUGCAAUGUGUCUGCGUAAUGCGGGUUGAAAUUAGGGAUUUCGUAGGAGCCUUGCUUUUGUGCUGAUUUGGAUCUCAACGCCGAAUCAGAAUGGCCUUAUUUCGCAAGUUCUUUUAUCGGAAGCCGCCUGACGGGCUUCUAGAGAUAUCUGAAAGGGUUUAUGUUUUUGACUGCUGCUUUACCACGGAGGUUUUGGAAGAGGUAGAUUACAAAGUCUAUAUUGGAGGCAUAGUGGGUCAACUUCGUGAGAGUCUCACCGACGCUUCAUUCAUGGUGUUCAAUUUCAGAGAGGGGGAGAGCCAAAGCAUGAUUACUAAUAUAUUAUCUGACUAUGAUAUGACUGUCAUGGACUAUCCUCGACACUAUGAAGGCUGCCCUCUACUUACUAUGGAGAUGAUCCACCACUUCUUAAGAUCCAGUGAAAGCUGGCUCUCACUUGGGCAACAAAAUGUACUUUUGAUGCACUGUGAACGAGGGGGGUGGCCAGUCUUGGCUUUCAUGUUGGCUGCUCUUUUGAUUUACAGGAAGCAGUAUGCUGGGGAGCAAAAAACUUUAGACAUGAUUUACAAGCAAGCACCUCGGGAGCUUUUGCAGUUGAUGUCCCCUCUUAAUCCAUUGCCUUCGCAAUUGAGGUAUCUCCAAUAUGUAUCGAGAAGAAAUGUGGCAUCCGAAUGGCCUCCACUUGAUAGGGCGCUUACAUUAGACUGCGUAAUUAUUAGAUUUAUUCCUAAUAUGGAUGGGGAAGGUGGUUGCCGCCCAAUAUUUAGGAUAUAUGGACAGGAUCCCUUUAUGGCUGCUGAUCGAACUUCCAAAGUAUUGUUCUCAACCCCCAAAAAGAGUAAACUUGUUCGUCAAUAUAAGCAGGUAGAUUGCGAACUAGUUAAAAUUGAUAUCCAUUGCCAUAUCCAAGGUGAUGUUGUUCUUGAAUGUAUAAGUUUGGACAAUGAUCUGGAAAGGGAGGAGAUGAUGUUUCGAGUCAUGUUCAAUACAGCUUUUAUAAGAUCAAAUAUUUUGAUGCUCAACCGUGAUGACAUUGAUAUCUUGUGGCAUGCAAAGGAUCAAUUUCCAAAGGAUUUCAGAGCAGAGGUUCUUUUCUCAGAGAUGGAUGCCACGGCAUCACUUAUUUCAAUUGAAUUACCAAAUAUUGAGGAGAAAGAUGGUCUUCCAAUUGAAGCGUUUGCUAGAGUUCAAGAGAUCUUUAGCAAUGUGGACUGGCUAAGCCCAAAAGCAGAUGCAGCUCUUAAUAUGCUUCAAAAAAUAACAUCAUCGAAUGUGCUCCAAGAGAAAUUGCUUAGUUCUGCCUCUUCUUUAGACAGAAACCAGUUGCUUGACUUAUCUUUUGAAAAACUAAUCUCGGAAGCAGAGACAUCUGAAGACAACAUUAGAAGUCCCCGAUUGAGAGUGAAAACAAAGCAAUCUCGGCUUUCUUCUGAGCUAUCUCGUGCUGCAAGUCCAAUAAGAUCAGAGGAUGAAUCCCCAGAACUGCAGGUUGCUCUCCAACUACCAGUCCAGUCUAAAAUCAUUACCCAGCGAAUACCUGAACCUUCCUUGUCCACACCAGUCUCCUUCCGGAGUUCUGUGCAAUGUUCACCUCGCCCAAUAUUAAGAAAUAACAGUGCCCCCUCAGCUCUUGGCAUUACAGCUUUAUUACAUGAUCAUUCAAAUUCUAGUAGUAAAGAAGUCAUACAUCCAUUGACAGUAUCUUCACCUUCGUUUGCUCUGUCACCUUCAUCUGCUCCGUCACCUUCAUCUGCUCUAGAUUCCCCUAAAGAUAUUCAACCAAGUAAGCUUCCUAUUUUACCUCCAAGUUACACCUUAGAAGAUUCUCCUACCACCACCUCAACUUCAAACAUUGGUGAUCGGCUGUUGCUUCACCAACUUUCUUUGAAAACUAUUAAAUCUUCAAUUUCUCAACAGUCUCAAACCACAUCACCAGGGAGAAGUCAAUUGUCACCAUAUUCACAUCAAGCAACGCCUACCUCUCGUCUUGGGGGGUCUCCACCCUCUUUCAAUGAGAGCUUACCUUCAAUAUCCUCUUCUUCUCCUUUAUUAGCAUCAUCUCCAACUUCCUCUAUUAAGGAUUCAUUUUCGGUUCCCACUCCUCCCCCUCCUUCUCCUCCCCCCUCUCUGCUUGAUUCACCUUCGUAUUUGGUAACAUCUCCAUCUUCUAGAAAGACUAAUGGUUUAGUUUCCUCAUCUCCACCUCCACCUUCUCCAACCAUUAGUUUUUCUCCAAAUGACUUUGUGAAUUCUGGAUCCCCAUUAAGUCUUGGUGUUGUAUCGUCAGCUCCACCUGCACCACCUCCUCCAGGUUCUCCUAUGAAGGAUUCACCAACACAUGCUCCACCUGCACCCCCUCCUCCUUUUAGUGGUAAUAAACUUUCGAAUGUCAAUGGUACUUCCUCACAGUCUCACAUUGGCAUUAAUAACGGCAACAUACCUUCUAUUCCUGGACCACCUUCUAGUGCUCUAUUCAAUUCAAAGGGACGAGGCCUUGGACGUUUGAACUCCAAAAACCAGUCUCUACCUAAAAGAUCCAAUUUGAAGCCUUAUCACUGGUUAAAAUUAACAAGGGCCAUGCAAGGAAGCUUAUGGGCAGAGACACAAAAGACUGAUGAAGCCUCCAAAGCUCCGGAGUUUGACAUGUCCGAACUUGAAAGUCUUUUCUCUGCAGCUGCACCAAAUUCAGACUCUGGAGGUUCUGGUGGAAAUUCAAAUCGCCGAGCCUCAGGGCCAAAAUCAGAUAAAGUUCAUUUGUUCUUCUUAGAAUUGAUGAAAGUCCCACGAGUAGAGUCCAAGCUAAGGGUUUUUUCUUUCAAGAUACAAUUCCGUUUGCAGGUCUCUGACCUUAGAUAUAGUCUGAAUACUAUCAAUUCGGCAUCUGAAGAGAUCAGAAGUUCGGUAAAGUUGAAAAGGGUAAUGCAAACUAUUCUAUCAUUGGGUAAUGCUUUGAACCACGGAACGGCUAGAGGUUCUGCUAUUGGAUUUCGGCUUGAUAGUCUUCUCAAACUCACUGAUACGCGAGCCAGAAACAACAAGAUGACUCUCAUGCAUUAUCUAUGUAAGGUGCUUGCUGAAAAGCUGCCAGAACUUCUGGAUUUUCCGAAGGACCUUGUGAGUUUGGAAGGUUCUACAAAGAUACAACUGAAAUAUUUGGCAGAGGAAAUGCAAGCCAUUAGCAAAGGGCUUGAGAAGGUUGUUCAGGAAUUGGCGAAUUCAGAAAAUGAUGGGAUUGUUUCAGAAAAUUUUUGCCGGACUUUAAAAGGCUUCCUUUCUCAUGCCGAGGCCGAAGUGAGGUCUCUUGCCUCUCUUUAUUCUAAUGUGGGUAGGAAUGCUGAUGCAUUGGCGCUUUACUUCGGGGAGGACCCAGCACGUUGCCCUUUUGAGCAAGUUGUAUCGACGCUGUUCAAUUUUGUGCGUAUGUUCGUGCGAGCGCAUGAAGAGAACUGCAAGCAGCUUGAUUACGAAAAGAAGAAAGCACAGAAGGAAGCAGCAGAAAAGGAGAAGGAGAAGAAGGAGAAGUUGAAGGUCAGUACCCCAAAAAAGGAGUCAGGAUUCUUGAUGAAGACCCGAACCUAGCAUAGCGACAUCAAUUGAUCCCGUGUGUUCUAACAGACAUUUCUGCAACAUACUAAGUUAUUCUCUAUAUGCCGUGGCCAAAAAUAACCCAUCGUGCACAGUCGAAACAAUGUCGACUUCAAUGUUGCUAUCUUGGACAAAAAAGAAAGUUUCAGAGGCACGGGAGGUAGAAUAAGCAGCCGGUGUUCGGACGAGAUACGGGCCAUUUAUGAAGCAGUAAGUCUUCCACCAAACUUGUAUUAUUUGUUAAGAAAAGAAGAAGCUACAGGGGUGUGAAACUCAUCAGCCAUUGUUGCUGUUUGUGUAACUGAGUUACUGGUAGGGAGGUAGAUUUAAGGAAGUCUUGUUUGAGGAAGCACUCAAAUGGGAUUUGGUUAGAUCAGAAUUUUGCUGUAAAAUAUAUCAUAAAAAUGUAAUAAUAGUUUGUUCAUGUUCUAUAUAAUACAUCUUUUCCCCUGCUAAUAUUUCCUC